GCCAGUCAUCAGAAAAAAAUGUAAAAACUCGAAGCUUGUGUUAUGUAAAAAUAUAACUACAGGUGAAUUUAGAAAGAUAUUCAAAUACUCGGACGGAAAAUCUGAAGAUGUUAUAACUCAAAAAAGUGCAAAAGAAGAACAUUGUCUGAACCAAGUUAUUGGUGUCUCACAUUGUAAUUCUGCGCUGUGUACAAGUGUCUGGAAAGAUAGCAGAGUAUAUAUAUAUAGAAGAUAUUGAAUCAAGGUUAGACUUAGACUAAACUCAUAUUGUUAUCCGCCCUAUUGAUUAUUAAUACAAUGAUUCAGCAAUCAGGAAGACGUUCAGAAUUCGGCGUACCAGAUCUAGGGAGUGAAUGACCUUUGAUAUAGUGUCCAGCACAUGAAGGAACUGACCAUGUACAAGAAGAAAAUCACACAUCUCUUACCGCGUAUUUGUCCAAUUCUUCUGUUCCUUGCACGUGUCAUCAACGCCACGUGGUGGCUACUAGGAAUGACCACCACCUAUGAGAAAGUUCUUCAACUAAACUCCACUACUUAUCAGAACUUCUGUAAAAAUCUACACUACUUGGUGGAGAAACAGCAAGACUUAUGUGGCCUUAAUCACAAUGUCCUGAUAACGGUCGGUCAAGGGGCUAAAAUGGGAAUUAAAGAAUGUCAGUAUCAGUUCCGGACGAAUCGGUGGAACUGUUCUACUUUCAAUGGCAUUCCCAACGUUUUUGGUGAAGUUUUAAACGUCAACAGUCGUGAAAAAGCCUUUGUAUUCUCCAUAUCAGCGGCUGGAGUCGCCUACAGCAUCACUAAAGCUUGCAGUACAGGAGCGCUUGUUGAUUGUGGAUGCGACCCUCAUAUUAGAGCACGUGAUACAAAGGGACGCUGGGAGUGGGGUGGAUGCUCUGACGACAUAAAACAUGGGUCCAUAUUUGCCAAGGACUUCGUUGACUCGGGAGAAGAUCGGGAUUCUCCAGAUGGCCUAAUGAAUAUACACAACAAUAGGGCCGGAAGAAAGGCCUUAAGAAAGAACCUGGAAGUACUGUGUAAGUGCCACGGUGUUUCCGGUUCCUGUUCUGUGAAAGUAUGCUGGAGACGGCUGAAACCGUUCAGGUUUGUUGGUGAUUGGCUGUCCAAGAGGUAUGACGGUGCUACCCACGUCAAGACAGUCCAGAAGAGGAGAAAACUCCGGUUAAGACCCUUUAAAAAUUACAUCAAACAGCCCAGCAAGAAGGAUUUAGUUUAUUUUGACGAAUCUCCAGAUUAUUGCAACAGGAAUGAUGCCCUAGGAAUGCUUGGAACGGUGGGUCGCCUGUGUAAUCAGAGUAGUUAUGGUGUGGACGGCUGCAGACUGAUGUGUUGUGGACGAGGCUAUCAAACUGUCUUACGUCACGUGGAAGAGAAAUGUAAGUGUAAGUUCAAGUGGUGUUGUAAAGUACUGUGUGAAAAGUGUCGUUACAUUAGGGAAGACCACUAUUGUAAUUAAACAGCCGUCCCUCAAAAACAAAGAUCUCUCUCGUCUAAUAGGAGCGAAGAUCGGACCCGUCGUCCCACCAAGCACGAAGAAAUAACAAGUGGUCUUCCAAAUCGUCCAUCGGCGUCGUUUCGAAUGAACUGUGUAUAUCAAGACAUUAUAGUUUCUGCCUCUCGUGGCUCUGAAUGUUUAACAGUAACCAAUAUUAUUCCUCUCUGAACAUGAGGAUUUCAACCUCUCAACAUCUAUUGUUUAGUAGUAGUUUCCUAAUAAUAUCUUUAUAUUAAGUCCGACCCUCUAAACAGGAGGAUUUUAACACUCCCAGCUCCUACUGAAUAGCAGUACUUUGCGAAUAAGAUCUUUAUAUUAAGUCCGACCCUCUAAACAGGAGGAUUUUAACACUCCCAGCUCCUACUGAAUAGCAGUACUUUGCGAAUAAGAUCUUUAUAUUAAGUCCGACCCUCUAAACAGGAGGAUUUUAACACUCCCAGCUCCUACUGAAUAGCAGUACUUUGCGAAUAAGAUCCUUAUAUUAAGUCCGACCCUCUAAACAGGAGGAUAUCAACACUCCCAGCUCCUACUGAAUAGCAGUACUUUGCGAAUAAGAUCCUUAUAUUAAG